ACUUCAAAUAUUCGAAACCUUGAAAUUAGGGCUUAAGUGCUUUUUACUAAAUCGAUGCUACAUCUCCUCUGUCAUUCUCAUUUCGUCGUGUUUCAGGGUUCAUCUAUUCGAUUGCGAUAUCAAGUUUUGCGUAGUUCUUGGUGUGAAAAUCGUUGACCGAUUGUCUAUUUUGAAAGGCGUAGCUGUGAUUUUUGGCAAGUUAAUUUGGCUUUUCCUAUGAUCAUCUUGGCCAUCUGGAGUGUUGACGUGUAGUUGUAGAUCUUCAAGUUUCCGUAUAUAUGACGUUAAUGAAUUGAAGGAUUACGUUGUCGUAUGUUUGUCGGAGUAAGUUGUUGUGAAUUUGGAAGGAUACAAUCCUGACUUGUUGGUGUGGUCAGGAGGAUACUGUUUUGAGGUGAUUAUGUAUAUCGAAGAUUUAAAGGGUGUUUGCGAGUCAUCAGGGGGGAGGGAGGAGGAGCAGGAGGAGAUUUUUUCUGUAGUGGCGAGCGGAGGGGCUAUUGGGCUGUCUGGUUCUAAGAGGGUUCUGGUAGGAGCGGGUGCUCGUGCGUUGUUUUACCCGACACUCGUAUACAAUGUUGUUAGAAACAAAUUUCAGGCCGACUUUCGGUGGUGGGAUCAGAUUGAGGAGUUUCUGCUGCUAGGUGCUGUUCCAUUUCCUAGAGACGUGAAACGACUAAAGGACCUUGGUGUUGAUGGAGUGAUAACCCUGAAUGAACCAUAUGAGACUUUGGUCCCUACGUGUUUAUACAAAGCCCAUGGCAUUGAUCAUCUAGUGCUUCCAACAAGGGACUACCUAUUUGCUCCGUCAAUUGAUGAUAUAUGUGAAGCCGUAAACUUCAUCCAUGGGAAGACGCUUGCGAAGCAGGGUACAUAUGUGCAUUGUAAAGCUGGUCGUGGACGCAGCACAACCAUUGUGAUAUGUUAUUUGGUUCAGCAUAGGCAUAUGUCGCCUGAUGCUGCGUACGCGUAUGUUAGGUCAAUUCGGCCUAGGGUUCUGCUGGCGUCUGCUCAGCGACAGGCGGUGGAGGAAUAUUACCAUCUGAAAGUGAAGAAAAGACAACAACAAGGUUCAAGGGAUAUUUGGGGGAAUAGUUUCUUGGGAAGGUCUGUUAUGGUUAUGGAUAUGGUAUCGAGAGGUGUAUUCAGAUUUGAUGAUGGUUCUGUAGUUGUGAUAACUACAGCUGAUGUUGAUGGAUAUAAUAAUGUUGAUGAUGAAGAAAAAGAUGGUUUGGAGCUAAAUUUGGUUUGGCGGGUUCGAGUUGCUGGUGAGGCGGCCUUGGCCAGGUUUUCAAGUCUCCUGUGCCUCACCAACUCACAAAUGCUCAAAAUCAGUCCGCAUAAAUAUCCAUCUCCAUCUAUCUUAAUAAACAAUUAAUGUCAUACAAAAUUACUGCUUUGCUUUGCUUUGUGUACAUAUUCUUGUGAAAAACAAAAA